ACCGCGUGUUCACACUAUUACACUAUAACAGAGUUUACAGGACACAAGAACAGUGUGAGUGUGUGUGUGUGCGCGCGCAACUCAGUGACCAUGUUAUAGUCACGAGCACAUUUACCUGUCAACUGGUUAGUGUGUGUGUGUGUGUAAGAGAGCGAGAGAAUGGCGAGCUUCUUCAGGAGAAGCGUUUCUUCACAGUUAGUAAGGAUCUGUGGAGGCAGUGAGGAGAUGUUCAUCCCUCUGCUCUCCGCUGUUCCUGUGUCCAAGAAGCAGUGGACCCCUGAGUUCCGGUUGUCUGUAAGCGCUCUGGUGUGCAGUGGAAUCAUCUCACGUGAGGAGGACGUGCUGACACAAACACAGCGUCUCACCAAGCAGCUGAAAGUGGACGGUGUUAUUGAGGACGUGAGCGCAGGACGAGGAGUUAUCACCUUCAGGGUCAACAAACUGCUUCUGGCACAGAAGGUCUUGUCAGAGCUCCGUGAGGAUCCCCAGGUGAACAGUGACCUCCUCAGGACCCUGCCUAGGGGCAGAACACUGGUUGAAUACAGCUCACCGAACAUCGCCAAGAAGUUCCACGCAGGUCACCUGAGAUCCACCAUCAUCGGAAAUUUCAUCGCCAAUCUAAAGCAGGCUCUUGGAAACGAUGUCAUUCGAGUGAAUUAUUUGGGAGACUGGGGCAUGCAGUUUGGACUGUUGGGGGCGGGGUUCCAGCGUCUGGGCUCACAGGAGAAGCUGAAGGAGAAUGCACUGCAGCACCUGUUUGAGGUGUAUGUGCAGGUGAAUAAGGAGGCGGAGUUUGAUGAAAGUGUGCUAUUGGAUGCUGCAGAGUUUUACAGACGUCUGGAGCAACAUGAGGAACAGGCGCUGUUACUAUGGAAACAGUUCAGAGAAAUUACAGUCCAGGAGUACAAGAGAAUCUAUCAGCGUUUAGGUGUGCACUUUGAUCAUUACUCAGGUGAAUCGUUCCAUCAGAGUAAAGCUCAGGAGGUGUUGAGUGACCUGCGAACACAAGGCCUGUUAAAGACCACAGAAAAAGGAACAGGAGUGGUGGAUCUGAGUGAUCAGGGAGACAUGUCCUCCUACUCCACUGUAGUGCGCAGUGACGGGACCUCACUGUACAUCACCAGGUGGUGGUGUGGUUUCAGGGACGUAGCUGCAGCUCUGGAGCGCAAGCAGACAUUUGGCUUUGAUGAGAUGAUCUACGUGACAGAUAAGAGUCAGUCGGUGCACUUUCAGCAGCUCUUCCAGAUCCUUCGAGUGAUGGGACAUGACUGGGCUAACAGGUGUGUACAUGUUCCGUUCGGGUUGGUGAAGGGGAUGAGUACACGGCGUGGAGACGUGGUGUUUCUGGAGGAUGUGAUGGAUGAAGCUCAAAACAGAAUGAUGCACAACAUGAGCCAGUCCAAGACGUCUAAGGUUGUGUCUGAUCCGGAGCUGACAGCAGAUCAGAUUGGAAUCAGUGCCAUCAUCAUCCAGGACUUUAAAGGGCCCCUGAUGGCGGAUUAUGUGUUUGAUUGGGAGCGAGUGUUACAGGCUCAGGGUGACACCGGCGUCUUUCUACAGUACACACACGCUCGCCUGCGCAGUUUGUUGAGGACACAUGGAAACCAGACUCUCUCACACUUCAAUGCGUCUCAUCUUCAGGACCACAGGAGCAUCUCAAUCCUGCAGCACUUACUGAGGUAUGAUGAGGUUCUGCUUCAGUCUGUGCUCGAGCUGCAGCCACGCAACCUCGUCAACUUCCUGCUCACGCUGUGUCACUUGGUGUCGGCAGCACACAGAGACCUACCAGUGAAAGGAAGUGCUGCAGAUGUGGCUCAGGCUCGGCUCCACCUCUUCACUGUGACCUGCUCAGUCCUGGCCAGUGGGAUGAAGAUUCUGGGUGUGACUCCGGUGGAGAAGAUGUAGCUGUGUGUGUGUGUGUGUGUGUGUGUGUGUGUAGACAAAGUGUGAUUGACUCCUGAUGCCACCAUGAUUUAUUUUACACCAAUAAUCUGUUACUGCCAACAUCAUACACACUGUUAUAACUGAACUGCUAAUCAGUACUGCUGUGUGUGUGUGUGUGUGUGUGUGUGUGAAUAAACGAGGGGUAAAUCACAUUCACAAGACUGCAGUCAAUAUGUAAAUGAAUUCACAGCUGAUUUCUACACCAUAAAACUCCUAUAAAAUUACACUGAAAUUCCAGCCCACUUCCGACAUCCCACAAUGCACUGCAGCAGGUUAGUGUCCAACACUGUCUAGGGGGUAGGGAGCAGUUUGAGUGCACUUCCUUUGCUGCAGGGAAGGAGGGAUGAAAGUAAAUUAAAAAAAAAAAAAAAAAAA